UAUUUCUUGGCGGGCAGCCCGGCAAGAAAUACGCAAAAAACGGUGCGACAAAUUUGCGACAUGACGAAACCCCACAGGGAUUUCGUCAUGUCGCAAACCGAAAUUUGGCUUUUCAAAUCGUCAACCCAACCCCUUCGCCCCUCCCAACCACACAGCAUCCCACCCAAUCUGCGACUUCCAAACAACACCCAAAGAAAUCUCCUUCCUCUCCCUCUCUACUCUACUCCAGCAGGGUUCAACGCAGUUCACUCCUACGACGAAAUCAGGGUACAAGUAAACUGGCGCGCUAACUUCAGUCAUUUCUUCUUCCAAGCUAGCGCGACUAGCUAGCUGGUUUUUUAGCGACUGUUGCUAUGUCGAACCCUCCACCUAGUCCUGGUUCCCACGGAACCGACGCGGGAACCUCCUGUGCUGCGUCUUCCUCUGACGAGCUCCUGGAGAACUCCACCCACGCUAUCUUUAAGCAUUUCAAGUUUAAGCAUAAGGAGCACGGCAAGCAGCAAAAGUAUUGGUGCAAGUACUGCCCCGUAUCCUUGGUGCUCUGAACCCCCCCUCUUCCCUCCCCAAACAGGUUUUUUUUACCCCUGCCCGAGUUGUUUUUAUACCUGCCCGCCAGAGCGUAUUUCCUAGCGUAUCCAAUCCCAUAAUGAAGCGUACAGCGUAUA